CCUACGUUAAUUAGGAUUUGAUUCACCAACCGUGACCAACCGUUUAAUCCAAACCCAAAUGCCCAUGUAAGCAUAACCAACAUAGACAAAAGACUAAUUGAACGUGGGGAUUUGGAUAUUGAUCAAACGACUGGGUCACCACAAGUUAACCGAAUCAGGCAUACAUGAAACUAAAGAUAAUUGGAUUUAAGGUAACCUAGGAACCUGCAUCCAAUUAGUCCCGUUGCGCCUCUUCUGAAGUUUGCUCGUCACGAGUUCUCCGAGUUUCCGCAAUUUGGUCUGUCGUGGGUCAUCAUGGCACUGCCGCGUCGAAUCCAGCUCACCACCUUGUCCGGUGACACUCCUCUACCGGCGGCACCGUCGCCGAAGCUGCCCGUUAACGAGUCCAAACCCGAGGCGAACCUCCUUGGGACGGUGACUACCGUGCGCUUCGAGCUGCAGCUGCGCCCGUCCAACGAGCAUCGUUGCCCAGAGUUCUGCUAUUCGGAAUUGGUGAAGGCCAAUGAAGCGCAAAAACGACCUAAAACUUUCGAAGAGGUGGACGCGGAAAACGAGAGAAAUGAACUUGAAGUUCUGGCAAAGAAGUUUGAAUCCAAAUAUGGAGGACCUGACAAACCAAGGAAAGACCGCAUAUCUGACCUGGUGGACAUCGGUGACGGCUAUGAUGACGAGGACUCUUUUAUUGAUAACUCUGAGGCGUAUGAUGAGUUUGUGCCGUCGUCUCUCACCACGGAACAUGGCGGCUUCUAUAUCAACUCCGGCGCGCUCCAAUACCGCCGGACAUCUGAUGGAGCAGUGUGUGUGACAUCUGGCUCUGAUGGAGACCCAGAGACAACCAAGAUAGUAAAGAAGCGUAAGCUGAAAGAUGGAGGAGAGCAGAAGUUGAAGAAGAAAAAGAAGAGACUGGAGGAGAAGUCCACUGAAGCUGGGUAA